ACCACCCCCCAACUCAUAGAUGAACUUGGAUUCUCUCUCUCUCUCUCUCUCUCUCAUGGCUUUUCUUUUUCUACUGUUUUCUUUCCGAUUCGAUUGAUCCGAGCUUACAAUUUUACUUGUAUUCCACGUCUUGUCUUGUUCUGAAACAUAGUUUCUGUCUCCUGACACUCCUGGGUUCUGUCCUUUUUGACCUUUGUUGGUUCACAGACGUCGAUCAUAUUGUCUUAAUUGUUUCAGUUCUUGUCUUCUCUUUCUCUCUCUACACGCAAUAUCUCGGGUAUUAAGGAGAUCUCUGUGUUAGUUUCCUGAAAAAUGUCGUCUUUAGAAGUCUCUCAUGUAGAUUUGGAAAAUGGUACCCGAGACCGCCGGCCGAGGAGUGAUGUAAGCGACGAGGAAGAAGGCAGCUCGUGCGACGAGGAGUUUCACUCAGCAGUACGGAGCUUGUGCGGCGAGUCGGAGAUUGUGGACUCGGACACUGAACCCAGUGAGAGAGAAUGCAGGAUUUGCCACAUGGGUCUGGAGAGCAGUAGCCACGAGUGUGGAACUCCCAUGGUAUUGGGAUGUUCUUGUAAGGAGGAUCUGGGUUUUGUCCAUAAGCGCUGUGCUGAACACUGGUUCAAGAUCAAGGGCAACAAGACUUGCGAGAUUUGCCGUUCCAUAGCUCGGAACUUCUCGAUAACUGACGAGAUCGGCCAUGGGAACGGGGCGGUAGGGAGCGAGGAGGAAGAAGAAGAGAGAGCUGCUGCUGCUGCUUCGGAGGAAGAGGGCGGAAGACUCUGGAGGGGACAGAGGUUCCUGAAUUUCAUACUGACCUGUAUGGUAUCUGCCUUUAUCAUCUCAUGGUUCUUUCAUUUCAACCUCCCUUCUCAGUAACCUUAUUCCCCAACAUGAUGAUCAUCACUCAAAACAAAGAAAACCCGGUUAUACAUACAGAGAGUUUCUCAGACAAAACCAAACAAGUUAAACACAUAUCUACCCCGAUACACACACAUAUAUAUAUGUAUAUAUG